AUGGCUGCACAGAUGUCAGAAUCUGAUCAGAUAAAACAGUUUAGGGAAUUCCUGGGAACCUACAAUAAACUUACAGAAACCUGCUUUUUGGACUGUGUUAAAGACUUCACAACAAGAGAAGUAAAUCCUGAAGAGAAGAAUGAGGCCCUGGCAGCCAAAGCGGGACUUCUUGGCCAGCCUCUAUAG